GCUCAAAUGGCCGCGAUGAUCACAUCUGGCGCUACGUGACCCUGUGUCACGUGAUGACGUUAUCUUCAAAUUAUCCGAUCGUGGCUUAUAUGUUACAAAUUCAGUAAUCGCAUAUUUCAUUUCAAUGGGCACGUCUUGUUGUCUGCCUACCUGGCAACAACCUCUACUUUUAUUUUUAUCACGCUAAGACGAAUGAACUGUUGCGAGAAAUAGAUGUAUCAGCGAUUGGUGUUAGUAUUUUCUUUCCUGUGGAUUAUUGACGAAAGCUCUUGUACUUCUGGCGACGGCUGCUUUGGACUUUUUGAAAAGCUUAAGUGGAACAGAACAUUCAGUUUUAACAACAAAGUUUUAACACUCAGACUUGAAGUCACUAAUAAUCCAGAACAUUGGAUUGUGAAUUAUUUGUUUGAGAUCUUAGCUCGAGAACGAUUAGGAUACACUAAAAUAGAGUUUGUCCCAAUCGAAGAUAGUAAUAUUAACAGUUCUCUAAAAAGACUUCAAUGUCCUGAUACUCAAUGUCUAAAGUUACCUGAAAUUCACCUUAACUUACUGCUGUGGUUACCACUUGGUGGAAAUGUUAAAUUCUGGGCAAAACCUUCUUCUGUUACUGACCAUGGUCCUCUUGGGCCGAUUCGUUCUUGGAAACUCCUAACGCAAUCCUGUUACAACAAAUCGCAUCUCAGAGGAAAUCCAAAUUAUACUUCUCUUAAACAUGAUUGUAGCUCACCUAUUGACAUCGUUGGUCAAAACUACUCAGGUCAUCGAACGGAAAAUGCACAUGGUUCAGAUUUAUUCAAUAAUCAUACUUUACUCUCUGGGAAGUCAGUAACUAUUUUGGAUUUUGAAUUAAAUUCAACAUGUUUACGGUAUAAUUCUUAUAGUAUUCCUCCACCCCCUUUAUGCAGUACUGAUACAAAAUCUACCUCACCUAAUAGUUAUCAAUAUUGCCACACUGAAUCUUAUCAAGCUGUUAAAGUGACAUGGGCUAAAUUACGGACGGCAGCUCCACAAAUUUUUCAACUUGCAUCUAAAAUGUAUAUGUCUCAUGAUGAGUUGGGAGAAUUGGUGCACUCGGCGCUACUCGACUCACAUAUAGAUCGUCAGUCAACAUAUAAACAAGUUGCAUGUCGGUGGCUCCGUCAGAAUCCAACUAAAUGGAAAAGUUGGACAGUUGAUUGGGACAAAAAACUUAACUUAACAGUAGCUGGCCUGUUCAGUAUGUAUGGGAAAUGGGUGUUGUAUGGUCUUGAUCGAGUGGCUCAAGAAGCUAUGAAUUUUGUCAACGCCGACUCAGAUUAUUUUCGCAAUUCUGAAUAUGCAUUAAGUUUGGAUGUACGUAAUUUAACAUGUGAACCUGACGUCGUGUUAAGUGAUUAUUUUAAAGUGUUGGAGAAUGCUGUCAACACUCAUCUUAUUGGUUCUAUCGCUGCUCUAUGCUCAGAUUCUAUAGAAGCUGUAGUUGAAUUGGCAAAUAUUCGCAAACAGAUUAUUGUCAGUCCAACAGUAGGUAGUGCACGUUUUCUGGAACAGCAACAAUAUCAUUACUUCUUUCGUACAGUACCAUCAAUGACUUUGGCUAAUUUUAUACUACUUCGAUUAUUUCUAGUAUGGGGUUGGCAUCGAAUAGUUGUAUUUCGUAAAUCGGAUCAUUUUUUUGAACCUUUAUUAUUUCAAGCAAAGGGAAUCGAAAUUAUUGCCAAUAUUGAAAUGGAUGAACAACAGUUAACUUAUAAACUGGCAAAAGAUACUUUAGAAGAAUUAAAACAACAGAACAGUCGCAUAUUUGUUGUCGAGUACGAUGCACGUGGUACCUAUUUGAUACUCUGUGCAGCAUAUCAUGAAGGGAUGUAUUUUUCCUCUGGAUACGUUUGGUUUUUGAAUCCAUGGCUUUCUGAUCAAUGGUGGUCGGAAUUGGUUGGUCGAAAUACUGAGUGUAAUUUUAGUGAAAUGCUCAAUAUUACUUCGUGGACUUUUACUGUUGGACACCAGUUGUUAAUUGGUCCUAUGGUGCACAGUUUUAUUCCUCGUACUAGUGAGUUUAUGGAUUCAGACUCUAAGUCUGGAAAUAAUUCAAGUGGUACUCCGAAUCGAACUUCAUCUGAACAAAUACGACGCAGACGCCAUGUUUUUGUUCAGUCACAAAGGUUAGAAGUACCACCUGUCUUAUCAAGAACUAAACAUAAUCCCAAUCCAAAUGAUUUUGGGAAAUCUACAUUCAGUGAUCACUCAAAACGUAAAUUAAUCAAAGAUCCUCUUCAUGAUUACACUGUGUAUACUUAUGAUGCUGUUAUCCUACUAGCAAGUGCUGUUGUUCAUCUUUUACGAGAAAAUCCUGCUGCAGCAUCUGCUCUUAAUCAUCCUGAUGUAUCUGAAACUCUUCGAACACUUGUUGCACGAACAAAUUUUGGUUAUCGAUUUCAGACAGAUAAUUCAACAACUGGACAAUCUAGUGAAAUAAAUGAACUUGUUCCAGGUAUCAAUGAUGAUAAUUUUGGUGUAGAUGCUGGAUUUCAACUUGCUGGUGACUAUUAUGGUAUACGCAGUCAAAGUCCUGCUUCAGCAUCAAAUUUGCGAUUUAAUGAUCAUAAUGAACGUAUUGCUGAUUAUUGGCUGUUGAAACAAAGACAUUUAAAUACUACUGUACCGAUUAUAAUGUGGUCAACAAAAAACUAUGAAGAAGUACAUGAGCAAGAUCAACAACAACAAUCAUAUGAUCCAUUCAGUCAUAUGAUUUCAUCAAAUAAUAUGUCAAACAAGUAUGAUUGGAAAACAACCAAUGCUCCAUUUCUAUACGAUGAAUUUCAGAAACGGAUGACUGAACGUUGGUUAGACCACGUUAAUUGGCAUACAUUAGGUGGUCCACCAAAUGAUGGUUCUAUCAAUGAAAAAAAUUGUACAUUAUCAUUUCUUAGUAAUCAAUUACAUAUGGGUUGUACAGGUGCUACUGUAUUUGUCACUGUUACUGUUACCGUUUUAGUUUUAUUGCCACUGAUUAUAUUUGCUCAUUUUUAUUAUCGACGUAAAUUAAAAGAAAUUGAAAAUCGAACUCGUAAACCUUUUGAAGAACUAUGCACAGAAUUGGCUGAUUUAGAUAUGCCUGCUGAAAAUAUUGUUUUAAAUCGUCGAGUUGGUCAAGGUGCCUUCGGUUUAGUAUUCGGUGGUGAAGCUAAAAAAAGUGAUUUAUGGGAAGCAGUUGCUGUGAAAGUAAUUAAUGAGAAAGCAACUUAUGAAGGGAAAAUUGAUUUUCUUUCUGAAGCAAAAUUAAUGCGUUCUUUAAAUCAUCCAAACGUUGUUCGUUUAAUUGGUAUCUCCUUGAAUCCAAAAGCAAGUCUAUACCUGAUUAUGGAACUCAUGCUUCUAGGAGAUUUAAAAACAUAUUUAUUAUCCCGUCGAAUUUUAGCUCAAAGAUCACCAAACCAUGAAGACAUACGACCAUCAACUCUUACUCAAAUGAGCAUGGAUAUUGGCCAAGGUUUAGCCUACCUACAUAGUAAGCAUUUAAUUCAUCGAGAUAUAGCAUGUCGAAAUUGUCUUGUUGCUGCGGAUCGUACUGUGAAAAUCGGAGAUUUCGGUCUGACCAGACAAGCUGCUAAAAAUACUUCAGAGGUUUAUUAUCGUUUCACAAGAAAUUGUGAACUACCUAUUCGUUGGAUGUCACCUGAAGCUGUACAAUUUGGUGUUUUUAGUAUACAAUCGGAUAUUUGGUCAUUUGGCAUAACAUUAUAUGAAAUUAUUACUUUUGGUGUAUUUCCUUAUAAUGGUCUUGGAGAUGUAGAAGUUGUGGAACGUGUCAAACGUAUGGAAUUCAGUAUUACUGAAUUUUUACCACCUCAAGCAUUAAAUACCGUAGUAUGUGAAUUAAUUAAUCAUUGUUGUAAACAUCAAUGGCAACACAGACCAUCAUCAAUGAAUCAAGUGUUAGAAGUAUUAAUAGCGUAUCCAGAUUGUAUUCGACCAUUCCUUACUGAUGAUCCACCGAAACCAAAUACAACAAUCGAUUCAUUACCUUUUCAACCAACUGUAGACACUUGUAUAAUAUCAGAAUCUGCAAUGACUGGUCUUGCUGCAAUCGAUAGUGUUGGUGGUUUUCGUACAAUACGUAGUGCUUCAACUGUAGCCGUCCCAAUAUCAUCAUGUUCACCUUCACCAGUGCCACUAAAUCUUCCUGAUGGUAAUAGUGAUAAAUAUUAUGGAUCUGAAAAACGUCUUAGUGAACAAACAAAUCUACGUGAUAAUACACUGUCCAACCAUCAUACAAUUUUUGAUUGGUCUGAUAACUAUAAUUCUCAUCCGUAUACAGAUAGUUCAGUUCAUUCAAAGUUGACUGAAUUUUAUCAACUUCCAAUGUUUUCUGACAGACAAACCUUAUUUCCUUCAGUAGUAACAGAUGAAAGCAAAGAACUAAAUAUUAUAUCUAAAUCUGGCGAAUCAUCUAGUCUACCUCCCGUGUUUGAUAAUUAUACUACAUCAUUUGUUACAUCUAUUCCUAAUGCUAUUAAUACAUCUAAUGUUUUAUUCAAUCUUUCGACAAGUCCUAUUUCCACCACUCCGAGUUAUCAGUCAAUCGAUGAAACUAGUCAAUUAAUUAUGAAAUCUCCUGAACUAAUAACUGAUCAGUAUACAUAUUCAACUGGAAAUACUUUACAUAUUAGAAAACAGAAACGUUCAAAUACCACACUUAUAAACAAUGCAACAUCGAAUAUUCUAGAUGAAUUUGAUAAUUUGUUAUCUGAUAAUCAACUUAAGUUAUCUUUAGAUGCGGAUUCGAUUAUGCAUAUCGAGGAAUCCGAUAGAUCACAUAUGUGGAUAUCUGCGGAUAAAAAUUCAGACAAGCACUUUUUUAUUGUUCCCAGGAACGAAUUUCAUAUGUUUAAUGUUUCUAGUGUACCUCGAAAUCCCAUUCAAACACGGAAUAUUAAUCGUUUGCGACCCACUCGUUCUUUGAUCAAUCUAACCUCUGUACGUUAUCCCAAACACUACUUACAAAAUAAUAUUGAAUCUAAUCACUGUGCUUCAGUCGAUCAUUUCAGUUCGAUUACAAAACAAAGUGAUAUUCAUGGUCCAGAUUUAAUCUUACCUCCUAGUCUUUUUACCUUCAUUUCUGAUUCAUUUAUUUCCGGUAGGAAGACCGUUUAGGUCCCAUUUCUUGUUUACUGUGAUACUGUUAAUGAUGUAGUCUAUUAAUCCGGUAGUUAUAUUUACACCACCCAUGUAUUUGCAUUUGAACAAACUAACUAUGGAAUUUAGUUUUUUUUGCGUUAUUCAAUCCAUCGGAAUUUCCUUUGUGAGUCAACGUCUAUCCAUCCUGUUUUAGUGUAGUAGAACUAUGAUCAAGUUUCUCUACUCCCACCCAUUAUUUAACAUUAACUGUUAUCUUUCUAGUUAAUUUGUACAGUAAAUACACAACUGUUGAUCAUCAACUGCAAUUUAUUUUCAUCGGAUCUCGUUAUUUCUCUUCGAUCUUGUUUUCUUUCAAUACUGUUAUUGUUACUUGAUUAAUAUUAUUAUUAUUAUUAUCAUUAUUAUUAUUGAACUUUACAGUUAAAUCCAUAGUAAUAUAUUGUUGUAAUUGUUUCUCUCUUUAUUUGCUAACCUAGUCAUAUCGACUAAUUUUGUUCUAUGGUUUUACUGUGUUUAAUUCUUCAAAUUUUUACGAAGUACAAAUUCAGUUCUAAACGUAAAUAAAUAAAAAAGUAAUCGCAGUUAACUUUUUUUCUUUGUAUAGAUUGUUUAUUUUGACUGUUAGUAUAAUUACAUAAAUACAUACCUUGUCUCAAAGUAAAUUUAUAUUAUUAUUUUUGUAUUAUGAAAAUAAUUUUACAAUGUGUACAUUAUUCUAUUAUGUAUAGAUUUUUUUUGUUUUGUAAGAUAAAUGGUCAGUUAAUUUCAAAGUUUAAAGUCUUCUUUCUUCAUUUCUUGUUGAAGUUAAUUGUUUAUUCUCUGAUACGUUACUUUGCUUUUUUUACUGUCAUCAUCAGUUAACUUGUUUAAUAGGAAAUUAAGGUAUAGUGUACAUUGUGUGUGUUUGCACAAUGAUUUUUUUUAUCUCAUGUAUUGUUUUUUUGGAAUAACCAUAAUAAAUUCUAAACUACCUUAUCGACUUUACAUUAUUUACUUUGAGAUUGAUAUCAUUAAAUAAUCGAUUUGGUACAAGAUUUUGUUUGUUUAGUUUUAAACACUAAAGAAUAAAUAGAGUUAAUUCACACAAAAUAAUAGUUAAUCUCUAAUGAGCCUUUUUCUUCAGAUCUAUUUGCAGUUUGAUGACUACCUUCCAACUUUCUUGGUGUCCCCAGCGAAUAUGAGUGUCCCAGAGCGUUCCUUUCAUUGGAGUAUCUGUAAUUAUCUUCACUGGAAGAUUCACUUGUCUGUCUACUGUUUUCAACGUGCUUUUUUCUCUGAGGAUUUGGUUGGUGUAUCUUAUUUGUAUUCCAAAUGCCCCACGUACUUUAUACAAGACAUUUCCUAUUAUCUUCUCAAUGACUCCAGGUUCCCACUGAUUUUUUCCAAGGUAUGACUUGAUGACUACUUUAUCACCCACGUUAAACCUUUGGAUAUUCUGAUUCUGUCUGCGUCUGUCUAUUGGUUUAGGUGGCAACAUGGCGUGAAAUGUAGUUUGAAUACUUCUUUCCAUCUGCGACAGUAGGGUUGAGCGUAGUUCUAUGAGCUGUCAAGAAUUUUGUAAUUGUCUAACUUGUCCCCUCGUCUCCAGUAAUACUACUUUAAAUGUGUCAGAUCUUUACACGCCAUCAACCAGAAUUUGUAAAUAUGCCUCCGACAAAUCCAACUUUGCAAAGAACUUGCCUCCGUUCAGCCUGGGAAGAAGACCUUCAGGUAGGUGUAAGGGGUAUUGAUGAGAUCCUAGGGCUUCGUUUAGCCAGGUCGAGUAACGGACACUACCGUUGGUCUUUAUCUAGCUCCAUCAGUGCAGCCCAUUCUGAGAAGUUCAACAAUACCCAAUUUAUAAGGUCGUUUGACUACUGGGAGAGCAGCAUAUGGUACCGGUCGUUUUGGUAAAAACAUUGUCGAGAGGCAAGAGUAGCUUUAUGUUUAGUGCAUUCUCCAAGCCCCACACUAAACACCAUUUUAUAUCGUCCUAAUAAUGCUUCCACUUUCGUUGUACUGAUGUUGCAGAUGAUAUUUACGGGGAGGUCUGUUAUCCUCAGCCUCUCUGUCCAAUCAAGUCUCAAUAAGUCUGGUGGUGAACGUUGUCAGAAAUACUACUCCCUUACCCGAUAUGUCCUUGACUGUGACUUCAUAAUCUAACGCUUUAACAAUGUUUAACGUUCCUCUGGAAGCAAUGUGUGCUGAGUUGGAUAUAUUCGCGAUCUCUCAAUCUUCCACAUUCUUCUGAUUAUAAGUGUCAUGUCGGAAGCCGUGUUCAGUUAUAAGUGGGUAUCGUCCUCAUUAAUCUCAAAAGAAACGUAUUUUACAUGGUCAUAGAAGCCGGUUCUUUCUGUAUGUCCUUUUUUAAAACAUGUACAACGAUGAUCUUUACACCGACAAAACCUUCUGAAACGUCAACCGGCAUGGGGGUGGUGUAUUGCUGCUGUCGUUACGAUAAUUUUGCGUGAGUCUUUUCUCUCAACUAUGUUGAAGUGAAGAAUCCGGAUACCGUUCUAUAUCAUCGAACUAUUAUGUUUCAAAUUCACCAAUCUUCGGCAUUCACGAGGUACUUCUUGCAGGGUAGUGCCGGGACAGUUUCAAGGUUGCUUAGGAUUCUCGUUUGGAUAUCAGCAUCCCCGAUAAAUGCAGGUCACACACAUAUACAAAGCAGUUAAACUGGUCUUCCAUAUCGGGAGACGAGUAAACCGCUAACAUUCUCAGCUCACGGUUCCUGCGUGCUUCGUCCAGUCACCUGCUGUUUUCUCGUUAUAUUCAAGCAUUGGUAACGGAUAUUAAAAAGAAAUUUAAGACAGAUCUUCAUAUUUCUUGAACCGUGUGUAACUGGAUCUGUAUUCGUUACUAGUAGUUCAUAAAAUCUAUGUUUUGCCGGGAUAAGCACAUGUUCUGCAUAAGGGCUUGGUACGGGAGAACUGAAGACAUUUGGCUGAAUAAAACCUUUAUAUUAAAUACUAAUAAUUUCACUAUUUUUGGAUGUAUUCGUUUCACCCAACUUCCGAACUUGUUUGUUUAUAUCAUUAUUUUAGGACAUAUUGGUUUCUCUUUGUCUUUUGUUUGGUAUUUGCGAAUUUUUCCUCCGCGAACCUACAAAAUUGAAGGGACGACAUUUGAGUCGACUAUUUGUAAAUUGCGAGUAAACUUUAGUACCUAAAUUGGAGCUUCGUUCAAUUGUUAAUUUGGGAACGAACAAAAACUAGGACGUAACAUAAAGUUCUUCAAUUAUUGGUUCUGUGUUCAUACCUUGGAUUUGUCUCGACAUUUUGGGUCCAAUUUUCUAGUCGUGUUGGUCGGUUUCGUUUGGAUUAAUUCAGAUUUGUUUUGGUAAUCGAUUCUUUAUGAACAAAGACACGAUGGAAACGCAAAGCAAAAGACCGAAGGAAAAUGACGAGGUGGAAAGUAAAAUUUAUAAAGCUGUUUGUGGUAUGUCUGAUGUUAAUGAUGAUAAACGUGAUGAUGUCAGUAUUAAUAGUAUGUCUUCUGAUCAGCUUAGUACUUCUAGAUUAAAGUUGAGUAAAGCAUUACUAAGAAAGAGGAACUUAAAAAAGAGAUUUGAUUUAGAAAGGCAGCUUAAGAUGUUAGAUCUCCAAGAAGAAGUUGAUAUGGCUGAAUGAGAAUGUAAGGUCAUCGAGGACGAUGACCAGCUGCCCGUAGACAAGUGUGAGAUGAAUGCUAAGGUUGAAAGGUAUUUCAACAGUGUGACUGGUUGUAAUAAUCAUUCAAGGAAGAUAUUUAACAUCUCAAAAGGCGACUGGGUUGAUGAGUUGAAGGAUACGUUAUAUACUAUCGUUAAUAAUAUGGUUUUACCUAAGAUUGAUAUGAUGUAUUUUGAUGGACAACCAGGUUAGUACUACCAUUUUAUUAGUCAGUUUACUAGCAUUAUAGAGAGUAAACCGUCCGAUAAGGGCCAUUUGUUGUCGUAUCUGUUAUAUUAUUGUAAAGGAAAGGCCAGAACGGUUAUUGAAGCAUGCAUUUCUUUGUCCAGUCAUUUAGGUUAUGAUAGGGCUAAACGAAUUCUAUAUGAUCUAUUUGGUAAGGAGCACCUUGUUGCACGAGAACUAAUUACUGAGUUAUUAAACCAUAAAUCUGUUGAAGGAUCAGCUGACGUAUUAACUGACUUCGCGAUUAAGCUACGUAAUGUAUGUAUCACGUUUAAGGAAAUGGGGUAGACGUCUGAUGUUAAUUCUACGGCUAAUUUGAAAAUAAUAGUUUCAUGCCUACCACUAGGAUUACAGAAUAAGUGGUUGGAAGUCGCCGAUAAGAUCAUGAUGCACGGGGAGGAGCCGAGCUUUGAAGAAUUUGUGGUCUUUGUAGAAGAGAGGGCCAGGAUUAUUCGAACACGUUAUGGUAGAUUAGUACUGUGUUACUCAAGGUUCGGGAAAAGGAAUUAUGAAGACCAAGUUGAUAGGAGACCAGGCCUCCAUGCAAUUAGGCGAGACCCAAACAACUCAGUCAAGGUUUCACGUUGUGAAAUCUGCUUAGGUGAUCAUAAGGCGACAGAUUGUCCAAAGUUAACAAAAAUGAAUGUAAGAGAAAGGAGACAGGAAGUAAGAAGAUGUGGUCCAUGUUAUCCAAGCUUGAGGAAAGGCCACAUAGCCAUGUCAUACAACUCGGGCUUCAAAUGUGACGUUGAUUAUUGCAAGAUUCGGCAUAAUUCGUUACAUAUUGAUGGUAUCGAUAACUAUGUGGUGAACUUAGUUAAGGAUUAGAACUCCUCAAAGGUUUGUUUGGGUAUCACUGCGGUCAGACUAUACGGUCCCAAAGGAUGUUUGGAAACAUACGCCCUUUUAGAUAGUGGUUCAGAUACUCCUUUUGUAUGUGAAGAGUUAAUAAAUCAGUUAGGUCUCAAAGGUAAGAAGACUUCGAUAAAAGUGACGACUGUGAAUGGAACUACUACUUGUGAAUAUCUGGAAGUAAAUUUAGAGGUAUUUUCAUCAGAUGAACGGGGUUCUAUAAGGACCAACAAGGCUUAUAAGUUCAAGAAAAUUCCGAUCGAUUAUGCAGAAGCUGUAACCGAACUUCAGCUGAGACGGUGGAAACAGUUAAAAGACAUUGUAGUGUCAGUUAUUAUGUUAAGCCUAUAUACCUUAUUUUAGCUUUCGGACAUCCCAUUCUAUUAAUUCUACUUGAGUCAUGUUUUGACCUUGUCAAUUAUUCGCUUAUCAGUCUUGAUUGUUUUUAUGUGAGAGUAUAUGUGUGUACAAUUCAUAUCCCAUGUCUAAUCACAUGUCUGUAGCUUAUUUUUGUCUGCCUAUAAAUAUUAACGCCUGACUAAAAAUGAGUUGUCUUACCAGCCAUCUCCACUCUGCGUCUCUUCUAUUCCUGCUAUUCCAUUCACCUCAUAUACAAAAUAUCUGUAUUCAAAAUUUCAUUCUCGUUAUUUGACUUAUUUAAUUCCGUUAUUGACUAACGUGAUCAAAGCCGACGAUGAUAUACGAGAAUAAGCGAUAGCAAACAUCCAUACGGUCUAAACAGGAGUCAGAGCCACGGGUCACUAAAACAUAACCCUUCCGAGGUUGCAAAGUAAUCUUGUAGGAGUAUUGAUUGGGUGUGAUGCUCCAGAUGCACAGUGGGUUCUGGAACAACGCCUGGGAGACAAGAAACAUCCGUUUGGUGUGCGUACGCAUCUCGGUAGGAUGAUUAUAGGCCCUAAAGUAGUAUCAAGGUCUCUACAGCAAAUUCAGUGGUGUCAUUGUUCUACUAAUAAUGUUUUGCGGGAUAUAAAAAGAUUAUAUAAUCAUGAGUUCGAAGAUGCAGGCAUGUUUCGUAAUGGAUAUUCGAUCGAAGACAGUAGAGCUCUAGAAAUAGUAAGUAGUUCCUUCAGACUGGAGGGUGGCCAUUUCCAAGUUGCUCUACCGUUGAAGUGUGAUAAGCCAAGGAUACCAAAUAAUUUGGAACUAGUUGAACGCAGACUAGGGUGUUUAAGUAAGAGGUUCGUGGAAGAUAGUAGUCUUCUUGAGAAAUAUCAAGUUGUGAUGAAUAAACAUUUAAGUAAAGGCUAUAUCAUUGAAGCUAGUAAGGAGGGAUUUGACCGUGAUGUUGUUUGUUCCUCAUUAUCCUGUUAUUAACCCUAAAAUGCCUGGAAAACUCAGAAUUUUUUGAUUGUGUAGCUGUCUAUCAAGGUUUUUCUCUUAAUGAUCAGCUUUUGAGAGGGCGAAAUACUGUAAAUAGUUUAAUUGGUGUACUUCUACGGUUCAGACUAGGUAACGUAGCAUUAGCCGCUGACAUCAAAGAGAUGUUUCUUGAAGUAAAGAUCCCGAGACAAGAUAGGGGUAGCGUUUCGUCUAUUGUGGUGGGAAGACGGUGAUAUAAGACGGAAGCCUAAGGAAUAUUGUUUGACAGUUCAUCCGUUUGGAGCCGUGUCCUCCCUCUUUUGCGCUAAUUUCGCUCUUAAGAAGACGGUAGAUACAUUCGGUAAGGAAUUUAAUGAUGUCCAGAAAGUCAUAGAUAAAAGUUUCUAUGUCGACGACUAUUUAGCCUCCAUUGAUAAUGUGCAGUAUGCAAUUGAGCUGGCAAAGGCCCUUGGUUCUGUCUUCAGAAAAGGUGGGUUUAGACUUACCAAGUGGAUAAGUAACUGUUUACAAGUUCUCGAAUCAAUUCAUCCAGAAGAGAGAGCAGAAGCCGUAAGAGAGAUUGACUUUGAGAGACUUCCUACGGAACGCACAUUGGGAUUGUAUUGGAAUAAUAUGGUUGAUUCGUUUGAAUUUAAAUUUCGAAUACCUAAACGUCCCCUCACUAGGCGAAUUAUAUUAUCGAGUGUAGCCCCACUUUAUGAUCCCUUGGGAUUGUUAGCACCGUUUACACUUCCCAUGAAGAAGUUACUUCAACGUUUUGGUAAAUUGGAACUAUGCCGGGACGAAGGGAUUCCAAGGGAGAAAAACAAACGCUGGUUAGAGAUUUUAAGUGAAUGUCAGGGGGAUGAGAACGUCAGUUCUCCACGUUGUAUAUUGUUUCUGCAAUCAGACCGCUUGCUCCUGGAACUUCAUGUUUUUAGUGAUGCCUCGGAAAUUGGAUACGGUUCGGUAGCAUACGUCCGCUGUUACAUCCCCGGUAUUGAAAUAUGUUCUCGUUUUAUUACGACGAAGGCAAGAGUAACUCCCUUGAAGGUUCAGACUAUACCGUGCUUGGAACUC